GCUUCACUGUGUGCUGAGGCUGCAGCCUGUACACUCAGAUAUUUCAGCUUGUCUGUGCUAAACUGUUCUGGUGUUGGUAUUUUAUUUCUUUUUUCCCUGGAUAUAAAUGACUGAUUGCCAAAUGGUUUCAUCAGAUUUUACAGCAGAUGAGAAGAUGGAGAUCGAGAGCAUCAAGACGUAUAAGAAAGACCUUCUGGAUGAUAUCCAGAAGUUAAAGAUGGAGAUUGACAAUGUCAUGGCGGAAAUACUCAGCUUUGAGUCUGCAGAGGAAAACAAAACUAUAGAGAAGAGCAAACAAUUCUCAAAUGGGAAGAAGAAAUUCAACAUGGACCCUAAAAAGGGCAUCAAUUACUUGGUGGAGAAUAAACUGCUGGAUGGAAGUGCUCAAUCCAUCGCUGAGUUUCUCUACAAGGAGGAAGGACUCAACAAGACAGCCAUCGGAGAAUUUCUUGGAGAAAGAGAGGAGCUCCAUCUGCAGACUCUGAAGGCCUUCGUGGAUCUGCACGAGUUCUCCGACCUCAACCUGGUCCAGGCUCUCAGACAGUUUCUGUGGAGUUUCCGUCUGCCUGGUGAAGCUCAGAAGAUUGACCGCAUGAUGGAGGCCUUCGCCACGCGCUACUGUAACUGCAACACCAACGUCUUCCAGUCCACUGACACAUGCUACAUCCUGUCUUUUGCCAUCAUCAUGUUGAACACCAGCCUCCACAACCCCAAUGUGAAGGAUAAAACCACCCUGGAGCGUUUCUUCUCCAUGAACAGGGGCAUCAACAACGGAGAGGACCUACCUGAAGACCUGCUCUCGAAACUGUACGAGAGCAUACGCAAUGAGCCUUUCAAAAUCCCAGAGGAUGAUGGGAAUGAUCUGACUCACACUUUCUUCAACCCUGACAGAGAAGGCUGGCUCCUCAAACUUGGAGGUCGGGUGAAGACAUGGAAGAGGCGAUGGUUCAUCCUGACUGAUAACUGUCUCUACUACUUUGAGUUCACCACUGAUAAAGAGCCCCGAGGCAUCAUCCCUCUGGAGAAUCUCUGUGUGAGGGAAGUGCCAUAUCCUCGCAAACCGUACUGUCUGGAGCUGUACAACCCCAACAGUCGAGGGCAGAAGAUCAAAGCAUGUAAAACAGAGACAGACGGCCGGGUUGUAGAGGGAAAACACCAGUCGUACACCAUCUGUGCUGCCAGCGCCGAAGAGAGAGACUCCUGGAUCGAGGCCAUCAGGGCAAGUAUCACCAAGGAUCCAUUCUAUGACUUGGUCUCAGUCCGUAAGAGGAAGGUGAUAAACCAAACUCCUCAAGACUGAGCGAGCAGCACCCACCACAUGGAGGCCCAUCUUACUGCAUUGCUGUAGGAUUCUUCUGUUGUGAACAUCCUGCAACACAACUGAGUGAGGACACCAGCGGCCAGACAGAAACAGCCUGUUGGGGGUCGUCCAGGCUAAAAGAGAGACUUCUCUUUCCAACUUCUCUUUUCACAGGCCGAGAAAAACAGUGUUAAAGAUGAAAAACUCUUUGACUCGUCGCUCGAGAAUCUGUCGAUAAAUGGUGUUAGCUGCAUUUUAAUCUUUGCUGGAGGAUGUUGUGAACUGAAACUUCUGUUUACAUUUUUUUAGUAGUUGUGUAUUUACUGCAGCCUCUUAUCUUGUCUGUUAUGAGAAGUUUUUUUAUGGCUGUCUGAGUGAGUUUCUCAGCUCAGGAAGACACAUCCAGCAUGUGAUGUGUCUCAGCAGUUCCAUGACGGCUAUAAAAAAGGCAGGACAACACUUCUCAGCUCCACAGUUCUCAAAGAUGGACACUUGGUAGUAAAGUAGCUGUAACAGCUUUAUUUCUGCCCAAUGGUCAUUUUAAGUUUCAUUUAAAAAGCUCUGUUAGGUUGGGUGUUAUCUGAGUGUACUUGUUUAUGAAGUGCUGUAUUUUGUACAUAUAUGAUUUGAAGUAUGUAAAUAUGAUUUGGGGAUUUGCUCCUUUUUCAGUUGUUUUGAACUUUAUUGAGUGGCAUAGCAUUUACUUAAGAAGCAGAAGAAGCCUAUAUGUUUUAAUGUCACUUAAUUUGAAAGCACAGGUGCAAUAAGUGCAACACACAUGUCUGCAUUAUUAGAAAUUUAUUGUGUAUACUGUAAUAUUUGAAAGAAAUCUUUUAGCAACCUCUUAUAUUGAGCGUCACUGUAACUACUGUAUACCUUUCCUUAUGGAUUGCAAGUACUGUUUUAUUCUGUCUCAUGAAAUAAUUAUUUAAUAAAAAAAGCAUUUGGAUGUCUGUUGACAUGUAAAAA